AUGAAGACUUCAGUCGUGAUGUUUUGUGCGUUGAUUCUUUGCAUGCUCAGCUUGGCUGCGGCUAAAGCGUUGGAAAAUCCACCACCAAAUCAUCCACCACGUUUCAAACGGGUCGCAGGCGGUUUGAAAAAUCUACCUCCAAACCACCCACCACGUUUCAAACGGGUCGCAGGCGGAACGCCCGCCGCCGACAACAAGUACAACUUUGUGGUUAAGAUUACGCGAAAUAGCGAAAAAUAUCCGUUCUGUCAUGGCACCAUCAUCAGUUCUCGCUGGAUACUGACAAGUGGGCUUUGUUUCAAUGGCAAAACCCCAAAAGAUGUGUUAGUCUCUGCUGGUAUGAAAUAUAAAAUAACUGAAAAUAAAAGUCCGUAA